UACAAUGGCAAUGGCGAUGGCCUUUAUUCAUUCUCACGUCGUGUACCUACACGAUUUGGACCGCCUGCCGUCAGACAUUGGUCAAGAGGCUCGCCUCGCUCGAUCCAGUCAACCCCCAUCCCUCACCAGUCACCUCACUACUCACCUCUUGCUCUUGCCCUUCCCCCCCUUGCCCCCUAUGCCCUUCCCCUUGCCCCCUCUGCCCCCCACGGCUUUUCCUUUCCUCACCUUCCCCCCCUUCACCUUGUUCCGCCUCGACCGCUCGGUCUCCUCCUCAAACGUGGCAAUGUUGCCCGCCUUGCCCCGGUCGAUCUCGCCCCCGCCCCCCUUGAACAGCCGGUGGAGGGUCUUCUGGUAGGACGCCUUCUCGUCACUCACUGGCUGAGGGGUCACCUGCACCAGGGAGGGCAUGGAUGCAUCACAAACGUGUGUGUGACUGUGGGUGGGGGGGAGGGGGAGGGGGAGGGGGAGGGGUGCGACACGUGCCUUCCUGCGCUUCUUGGGUGGUGUCCUGGUCUCGCCGCGGGCGGUCUUGUCAAACAGACCGUAUGAUGCCGUGGACACCUGGGCUCUGCAGGCACACACACAGAGCACAGAGGCAAGGCACAUGGGUAUGUGUGCAGUCUGAAUGUGACACAAAGGCGCGGACCGUUUCAGGGACGUGCUGAUGUCAUCUUUUGGCUUCUUCCUGUUGGCCACGUCGCUUGCUAGAUUCGCCACACCUGAAGCCACACACACACACACAGAGAGAGAGAGAGAGAUGGUGCAUAUGCCUUGCUUGAUGCACACGAUGACUGUCUGACCUGCCGGGAGGCGUACGCCCGCCCCCUCGAGUUUGUUGCGCAUCUCGCGGAGCUUCUGCUUGGCCUUGACGAGCUGCCGCUCCUCAGCGCGCUUCUGAAAGGGGUCCUCCAAGGGAUCUGACACACACACACACCAUUUGCCCACAGUGAGAGAGGAUGUGAUGGCUUGCCUUGUCCGUGUUUGACUUCGACGAUGGGUGUGGCCUUGUCGAGGUUAGCCUUGAGGCUCUUGUAGCCCCACCGCGGCACCCAGUCCUGCUUGACCUCGUCCCACACGAUGCGGCUGCGCUUCCGCUUCACGAUGCCCUUCGUCUCUGACCAACCAGUGGACGGGGCGGACCAAUUCAAUCAGCCAAGCAACCCAAAUAUGUCAGUCAGUCAUUAUUUGACGCGCCCACCGGCAAACUUCUUCCAGCGCGUCUUCGCCUUCUGCUUGGGAAUCUGCCACACAGACAGACAGAUCCAUGAGAUAGAUGAGCACCACAGCUUUCUGUGGUUGCCCGUGCACGUCCCACCUACCGGCAGCCUCCUGGGCAGCAGGUAGGUCGGCCGCGUCGGCAGGGUGGCCACCAGGCCCUCGUCCGUCAUGUGCGUCGGCAGCCCGAACACUCUACACACACACGCACACACACACACACGAUUAGACACACACAUUUUGGCUUCCCAGGUUGACUCACCUGUUGACCAGAAGCUGGGCGUUGUCACGGGUCAUGGAGUUCAGCCUACACACACGCAGAAGCAGCGAAUGCAAUGAACGCGUGACUGAGUCCCUUCCCCUCCUCUCAGUCACUGGUCAUGCGAUGGAAUGGGGGUGAUGUCGACGCCGAGGAGGUGCUGCAGGUCAUAGCUCAGGUUGUCGGCCUUCUCGGGCACGGCGCUGCGACUGAAUAACCACAACACACAUCUCAUUGUUUUCACACAAUUGCAUGCGCACAUUCAGACAGACAGACAGUACCUGGUCCGCAGUGGUGGCUGUCCGUCGGCCUUGUCCGCUUCUCUGCCCAUCAGCCUCUUGGGCGUGAACCGCUGCAUGGGGUCGUUCUGGGCAUCAGACUCUGACGCCAUCCUUAUUCAAUCAGCUGGGCCGAAACAAUCCUUGCCAGCCAGUCACUCACACAGGACGCCCUCCUGCGGCCUUCUUUCGCCUCUUUCC